AUGAAGAUCAGCCUUAGUUUUGCUGUGGCUCUUCUUUUUGCAUACAGACAGGCCGUCAUGCUUCAUGAACUCGUAUUCAUUCACUCAUGUAUGAAACACUUGAAACAAAAGACGCUUUGGUUCGAUCGUGAGUCUACUAUGGGCAAACUAGCCACAAGCACAGACUCGUUCUUUACAAGCCAAGAAAAUGCAUACAAGUUAAGGUCAUGCAAAUUGCUCCGCAAAAUGAAAUUAAUAACAUUCCAUGCAUUAGCCAUAUUUUUGUUCCUUACCGACAGAUUCAAAAAUUGCAUAAUUGGUAUUUCCAAAAAAAUCAAAGUCCCAGCGCCAGAAGUUGCAUUGCCAGCGCUUCUGCUUUUUACAAUUACACUAAUAGAUACUCUAUUUGGAUACAAAUCUUUAUUUAUAGAAAAAUCAUACUCAUUCAAGCAAUUCUCUCCAUCAUGGAUCGUGCCUUUAAUGUUUGUGCUCGAAAUCUUUCUACUAAUGCAUCUGGUAGCGUAUUUUCUUAGUGUGUUUGGACUAAAGUUUGUUGCAUUGUGCUAUCUUAUUGUCUGUGUCCAGGCUGUAUUUCGCAUAUCAGGAUACACAGGCAAACAGAGCGACACCAUGAUGAAAAUACCCAUAAGCACAUUCAAUGACGAUGUAAAGCACAUGCUCAAGUCCGAGUACCUCGAUGAAUCUGUUUAUGCCACGUCAAAGCAAAAAAUAACCAUGAAUGCUCUUCAUGCAGGAGUACUAGAUACAAAAAGAAUAGAAGUUCAUGGAGGAAUAGUAGAAACAGUUCCCGAAGAUCUAAAUGUAAUUCUGAUCCACGAGAUAGGCCAUUCAAUAGACAACAUCAUGCUUAAAAGACUUUUGCUUGAGUGUUUCAUAACGUUUUUGGAAAUGCUUAUGCUUGCAUGGAUAUUUAGAUCUGGACAUGAAACACUUGGAAACACAGACAUGUCGCCAGAAGCAUUCACUAUCCUGACGGCUGUUUUGUAUGCUUGCAUGGUAAAGAUGAUAGUUUAUACAUUCUAUAACUUGUAUUCGCAGAAUUCGGAAAUAUUUGCUGACAGCAUCGUCAAGGAUAAGGGAUACAAAGACGAUCUGUUUAGGAUACUAUUUAAGCUGACCCUCGACAACGGAUGUGUUAUAGACACUACGUUUCUAUACAACUCAAUGGUUUCGCUGCAUCCGAGCAUCCGCAAAAGAAUAGAAAGCAAUGCUGAUGACUGA